AUGAAUUUUAACAAUAGAGAUCCUUCUAAUUUGUCAUCAUCAUUUUCUGAUAAUGAAAUUGAAGAUGAACAAUUGAUAGAUGAUAUUGAAGCGAUUGAUGCAGAAAGGGAAGCGGUGUUUCGCAUCAGGAACAACAACAAUCUUCUCAUGGCUUACUAUAUCAAUCAACAAAACAACCAAGUAAUUCGUGGAGGCUCAAUUCCUGGUCAUAUAGUGAUCAACCGUGAUCGAGAAAAUGCUGAUCGUAAUCUGUUCAACGACUACUUCUCUGAGAAUCCGCGAUAUAAUGAUUCGAUGUUCCGCCGACGAUUUCGAAUGUCUCGAGAUUUAUUCCUUCGCAUUGUUAACGCCAUAAAAGCUCACGACACUUACUUUAUACAGCAAAGGGAUGGGGUCGGUAGACUUGGAUUGUCUACGCUUCAAAAAAUUACAGCUGUGUUCCGAAUGUUGGCAUAUGGUCUACCAGCGGAUGCUACUGAUGAAUACAUUAAAAUAGGAGAGUCGACAGCAAUCGAAAGUUUUAAGAGAUUUUGUCGUGCUGUUGUGGAGGUUUUUGCAGAACAAUAUCUGAGAUCGCCUAACACUAAUGACAUUGCCAGACUACUACAUAUUGCUAAACAACGAGGUUUUCCAGGAAUGUUGGGCAGUCUAGAUUGCAUGCAUUGGAAAUGGAAAAAUUGUCCAACGGCUUGGGCGGGCCAAUACGCAGGUCGUAGUGGAUCCCCAACUAUUAUUCUGGAGGCCGUAGCUGAUUAUGAUCUUUGGAUAUGGCAUGCAUAUUUUGGUUUGCCAGGUUCCAAUAAUGACAUUAAUGUUUUAGAGGCAUCUCAUCUUUUUGCAAAACUCGCUGAAGGUAUUGCUCCUCCUGCUCAUUAUGUCAUUCAAGGUAAACAUUAUAACAUGGGUUACUAUUUAGCUGAUGGUAUAUAUCCAAAAUGGUCUACUCUUGUACAAACAAUUCAUGAUCCUCGUGGUCCAAAAAAAAAGUUGUUUGCAAUGAAGCAAGAAGGAUGCAGAAAAGAUGUAGAACGUGCAUUCGGAGUACUCCAAUCUCGAUUUGCAAUUGUGUCAGGACCAGCUCGUUUUUGGAAAAAAGAAGUAUUACAUGAUAUCAUGACUGCGUGCAUUAUUAUGCACAACAUGAUAAUUGAGGAUGAACGUGAUCUUAAUGCUACAAUUGAAAAUUGGAAGGAAGCACCAGUUCCGGACGUAGAGAUGGUUGUAGAUGAAAAUGCUCGGUUUGAAGGAUUUCUGGCUCGUCAUCGACAAAUCAAGAAUAAAGAAGCUCAUAUUGCACUUCGAGAUGCAUUAAUUGAUCAUUUGUGGGAUGAAUAUACUAAUUCGGAGACUUAGAAUUUUAUCAAUAUGGACCGUGUCUUUGUGUUUUAUUUUAUGUUAAAUGUAAUGC